AGGCCCGCGCUGGGAAUGGAAGGGUGGAGAAAAAAUAAUAAUCACCACGCAGGCACUCGGAUAGCCAGCCUCAAGCAGUGAGGGUCCUCGAGGGAGGAGCGGGGCCGAAAGAGGACGGGGCCAAGGGGCGGGGCCUGAGCAGAACCCCGCCCUCUGUUUCCUCUUCUGCUGCUGCUGCUGUUGCCUAUGGCUUUGAAGGCGCUGCCCAGGCUGAGUCUGCUGCGGGGCUGGCGAAGAAUGGGGAACAGUACAUCUGCUACCACAGAUUUCUCUAACACUGCCACUGCUAACCAGAUAGAGCGAACUAUCUCAGACAACUGUGUAGUGAUCUUCUCGAAAACCACAUGCUCCUACUGCAACAUGGCAAAGAAGCUAUUUGAAGAUAUGAAUGUGAACUACACAGCCAUCGAACUGGACAUGUACGAAAACGGAAGCCAGUUUCAAGAUAUUCUUCAUCAAAUGACUGGCGGCAGGACAGUUCCAAGAAUAUUUAUCAAUGGAACAUUUGUCGGAGGUGCUACAGACACACAGAGACUUCAUCGGGAAGGCAAACUGCUCCCAUUAGUUCACCAGUGUCUCUUGCGAAGAGGGCGAAACUCAGAACAGCCAUGUAGUCUUCCUUGAUUCCCUUUCUUCUGACACAGUUGUGUUGCUGGAGUUUACUAGACUGCGUAUACUUAGUUAUGAAUUCUUACACCCCGGUACUCUGGUUUCAGUACUAUUUAUGUGUUCAAAAUAUGUAUGGAAGGUUUUCAACGGCCAGAUAAUUUAUCACGAUCCAGUUCAUCCUAAAUUCACAAUGCACUCUUGUACAUUCUCAAGACAAAAUAAGCUCUGUUGAAG